GACUCGUCAUUUUCAGAAAAUGAGCCGCCUUCUGCAACAACAGCAACAAAAACAAACUGCGUUAAUUAUACAAAUAGAAAACGAAAAAUUUUUCAAAAAGCUCGGACUCAAAAUAUUUAAAAACUUGAUUGAUUCCUCUUAUUUUCAAUUUGAAUUCUUGUUUUAUUAAGUCAAUUGUUGUCCUAAUCGAUCAAGUAACACUAUGAGUUCUGAACAACAACCUUUAACUCAUCCAUCUAUUAAAGAUGGAUGGUUUGCUGAAAUUUCCAAUACCAUGUGGCCAGGUCAAGCUAUGUCAUUAAAAGUUGAUAAAGUUUUACAUGUUGAACAAUCUAAAUAUCAAGAUGUAUUGGUGUUCAAAUCCACUGAUUAUGGUAAUGUUUUAGUGUUGGACAAUUGUAUUCAAGUUACUGAACGUGAUGAAUUCGCUUAUCAAGAAAUGAUUACUCAUUUAGCAUUAAAUUCUCACCCAAAUCCAAAGAAAGCUUUAGUUAUUGGUGGAGGUGAUGGAGGUGUUUUAAGAGAAAUCUUAAAACAUGAAUCCAUUGAAGAAGCUUGGUUAUGUGACAUUGAUGAAACUGUUAUUGAAGUUUCAAAGAAGUAUUUACCUGAAAUGUCUAAAUCAUAUCAAGAUCCAAGAACUAGAGUUCAUAUUGGUGAUGGAUUUAAAUUCUUAGCUGAAUAUAAAAAUCAAUUUGAUGUUAUUAUUACUGAUUCAUCUGAUCCAGAAGGUCCAGCAGAAUCAUUAUUUCAAAAACCUUAUUUUGAAUUAUUAAGAGAUGCUUUAACUGAAAAGGGGGUUAUUACAACUCAAGCUGAAAAUAUUUGGUUGCAUAUGCCAAUUAUUUCUAAAUUAAAACAAGAUUGUCAAGAAGUUUUCCCAGUAGCUGAAUAUGCUUAUACUAUGAUUCCAACUUAUCCAAGUGGAUCUAUUGGAUUUAUGGUUUGUUCUAAGGAUAAAGAUGCUAAAGUUAGAAAACCAAUUAGAUUUGAUUGGAGUGAUGAAUUUGUUAGUAAGAAUUUAAAAUAUUAUACUAAAGAAAUUCAUGAAGCUUCAUUUGUAUUACCAAAUUGGGCUGAUCAAAUCUUAAACAAAAAGAAAGAUUGACGUCAUUAGUUAUUUAUUUGCAAUUCGUUUUUAAGAAUCAAUGAAAACUAUAAAGAAGGGUAGAAAAAUAUUAUUAGAAAAAUCAAAAAAAAAAAAAACCUCUUUAUAAGGAAAACACAUUUUCGUGGAUCUUUUAAAUGCUUUGAACAUAGUUGUUCGAGGUGUUUUCUUUUUAUUUGUGUGUUUUUAUUCUUAAUGUUAUAUUGUAAUGAAUAAUGAUGUGAUGACUAUUUAUAAAACUUUUAUUAGAGAAAAAAACAUGAUAAUGGGUGGUGGUGAUGGUAUUAGUAUUUGAUAUUCAUUAAUGGUUGAUUUAUAAAUCGAUGAUUAAUGGAUACUUUUUAUUUUUACUAUUACUACUUAUUAUUAUUAUUAUUAAAAAACCAAAAAAAA